GUACACAUCCCUCCUUUGUAACCGCACAACAAGGACACAAGAGAGAGAGAGAGAGAGAGAGAAAGAAAAAUCUGCUAGCUUGCCGAGAGAGAGAGAAAAUGUCGAUGGCUUUGCUUUUCACCUCGCCGGCGGCUAUUACAUCUCCUCGCCGUGGAUCUUCUCCUUCUCGUCGUCUUCGAGUUUCAUGUGUCACCACGAACCCUGCUAGGCAAAAGAAGGAAACAUGCAAUCAGUUUCGACCCAUCAAAGAAGUGAAUAACCAAAUAACACACACAAUACCACAAGAGAAACUUGAGAUCUUCAAAUCAAUGGAGAAUUGGGCAGAACACAAACUAUUGCCUUAUCUCAAACCGGUCGAAGAUUCAUGGCAACCACAAGACUUUUUACCUGCCCCGGAGAACGACGAAGAGUUCUACGACCGAGUGAGAGAGAUAAGAGAGCGAACGAAAGAGAUACCUGACGAUUACUUUGUAGUUCUUGUGGGAGACAUGAUCACGGAGGAAGCACUUCCGACAUAUCAAACGACGUUAAACACUCUUGACGGCGUUAAAGAUGAAACCGGUGGGAGUGUAUCGCCGUGGGCGGUGUGGAUUCGAGCGUGGACGGCUGAGGAAAACCGUCACGGUGACUUACUCAACAAGUAUCUUUAUCUUACUGGUCGUGUUGAUAUGCGACAUGUUGAGAAGACUAUACAAUAUCUUAUUGGUUCUGGUAUGGAUUCGAAAUUUGAGAACAAUCCAUACAAUGGCUUCAUCUACACUUCAUUCCAAGAGCGAGCUACGUUCAUCUCUCACGGCAACACGGCGAGGCUAGCCACAACCUACGGGGAUGCCACACUCGCGAAGAUCUGCGGCACCAUCGCAGCUGACGAGAAGCGUCACGAGACGGCGUACACGAAGAUCGUAGAGAAGCUGUUCGAGAUCGAUCCCGACGGAACGGUUCUGGCGCUGGCGAGUAUGAUGAAGAAGCGUAUCACGAUGCCGGCUCAUCUUAUGCACGACGGGAGAGAUAACGAUCUGUUCGACCAUUACGCUGCCGUGGCGCAGCGAAUUGGAGUUUACACGGCGGCGGAUUACGCUGGGAUACUCGAGUUUCUGUUGCGGCGGUGGAAGGUAGAGAGUUUGGGUUUGGGGUUGUCAGGCGAAGGAAGGAGAGCACAGGAUUAUCUGUGCACCUUGCCGCAGAGGAUCAAGAGGUUAGAGGAAAGAGCUAACGAUAGGGUCAAACUUGGGUCAAAACCUUCUGUUUCGUUUAGCUGGGUUUUUGGUAGAGAUGUGAAACUAUAGAUAUAUUUUGAAACAAUUAACAAUGAAAUAACCAAACAAUUAUAAAUAAAUAAACUAUGUUUUUGUGGUCCAAAAUGUGAAUUUGGGUAUGAACUGGGUUACCAAACUAUGUUUCAGUUUUUUAUUUA